AAUUAUGUUUUCUUUGAAUUUUUUUAAACCAGAGCAAGUAAAUAGUAAAAUGAGAGGCGAUUUGUUGAAGCUUUUAACAUCUGGUGGUAACAGGGGUAAGUAAAGAUCACGAUUGAGUUCCAUGAUUACUUUGUCAGAUGAGGGAAAGUAGUACGCAAGUUAGGUAUUUAGCCAUGGAAGAAUCGAAAAGGCUACUGUAAAAAGAAAAAUGGUUUUGUACCAUACAAAAAGAUGCUUUAAAUGUACUUAGUAAUAGAGAAGAUUAUCUGUCUAAUGCUGCCAAUGAAAGGGAUGGAACAACGAGGGAGAUCUUUAACGUGAAAACUCAAGCAUUUUCCUUGAAUGGAUUGGAGCCCUGGUGGUGCAGAGAAGCAGAAAUGGAAGGCAACAAAGUUGUAGUAUGUGACAAUGGAACAGGAUUCGUCAAAUGUGGUUUUGGAGGAGAAAACUUCCCAGCAGCAACAUUUCCCUGCAUUGUUGGGCAACCGAUUUUACGCUUUGAGGAGUCACUAUGUGAGGAGGAGCUGAAAGACAUGGUUGUAGGUGAAGCAUGUUCCAGACUUCGAAACCAGUUGGAGGUCUCAUAUCCCAUCAAGAAUGGUAUCAUUCAAAAUUGGGAGGGUAUGAGUUGCGUAUGGGAUCACAUGCUAUAUGAAAUAUUGAAGGUUGAACCUUCAGAAUGCAAGAUCCUGUUAUCAGAUCCACCUCUCAAUCCAACAAGUAACAGACAGAAGAUGGCAGAGACAAUGUUUGAGAAAUACAAUUUUGCGGGUUUGUUUAUCCAGAUAAGUGCUAUCUUAACACUUUAUGCUCAAGGGCUCUUGACAGGUCUAGUUGUAGAUUCAGGAGAUGGAGUUACAAAUAUUGUUCCAGUCAUAGAUGGAUAUUCAUUUCCUCAUGCAACCAAACGAGUGAACAUUGCAGGGCGUCACAUUACUUCUUACUUGAUUGAACUUCUACUUCGGAGAGGGUAUGCUCUAAAUAGAACAUCAGAUUUUGAAACAGCAAGAGAAAUUAAAGAGCAACUUUGCUAUAUCAGCUAUGAUUUCAAAAGAGAGAUUCAACUUGGACUGGAGACCACUGUAUUGGUCAGGCAUUAUACGCUACCAGAUGGAAGAGUUAUCAAAGUUGGGUCAGAACGUUUUCAAGCACCUGAAGCCUUAUUCAACCCGGAGCUAGUAGAUAUCGAGGGAGAUGGAUUAGCUGACUUGGUGUUUCAGUGCAUCCAGAGUAUGGAAAUUGAUAACCGUUUGAUGUUAUAUCAGCACAUUGUUCUCAAUGGUGGCAGUACAAUGUAUCCAGGACUACCAAGCAGACUAGAAGACGAGGUUCGAUUACGCUAUCUGAAUAAUGUUCUGAAAGGAAACAAACAAGGGCUUAAGAAACUUCGGUUAAGAAUUGAAGAUCCUCCAAGGCGUAAAUACAUGGUUUACUCAGGAGGUUCUGUGUUAGCUGGGAUUAUGAAGGAUGAACCUCAGUUUUGGAUAUCUAGACAAGAAUAUGAGGAGGAAGGUUUGCGGUGCCUCCGGAAAUGUGGACAAUCAUGAGCAUACUGAAAACAGGCCAAUAUCACAAGUUAUACAUUUGAUGAACUGGGGGCCACAUGUAGUUUUUCCAAGGAAAUUACAUUCUGUGAUUUUUCACUGUAGGUUGUCAGGCUUUUAUAGCAAAUGAUGCAUUGCCAGCAUAUAAAAAACAAUUUCUUUCAGGCCACUAGACAAGUUAUAGCAAUUUAUGUGUGCGUGUUUGAUCUCACAUUUGCUAUUACUUCACAAAAGGUUGCACUGAAUAUCAAAAGCACUUAAGAGAAUUAAAAUUUCCUGUGAGAUGGGCAGACUCUUUUCCUUAUUUUUAUUGACAGUAAAUAAUCAUAAAGAGUGGAGUGCUCAGGAGGAGUGUUCUUUUGAA